UGCAAAAGUACAAAGCAUUAAACUUAACAUCUUAAUAUAAAGCAUGGCUGAACAAAAAGCAGGAAAACUAAUUAUAUUUAAUAUGGAAAAUUUUGAAAAUAACAGAUUUUCAAAUUUACCGGGCUCACAAGAUGUCGAAACUUUACAAAGUACAUUUAGAAAAUUUAAUUGUGAUGUAAAAGAUGUACAUAAAGAUUUAACAAAGGAUGAGUUAAAGAAAGAAAUAGAAAAAAUUUCGAAAUCGAAUUUCCAAGAUUAUAAAUAUUUAGCUAUUGCAAUUUUGACCCACGGUCAUCGUCAAGGUAUGAUGGUUGUUAAUGAUUGUAAAUUAAUUAACUUAGACACUCAUGUGAUACUACCGAUAUUAAGAAAUCGUUCAUUAGCAAAUAAACCAAAAUUAUUUAUCGUCGAUGCCUGUAAGGGAGGUUUCGAUUUAUUAUCAGCUCAUACAGAUGCUAAACCAUUUUUUGAUGAACCAAUCAUCGGAAACACUUUACGCUGUUAUGCAACUACUGAAGGUUUUAAAGCAUGUGCCACAGAAGACGGCGGAUCAGUAUUUACUGCUGAAUUUUGUAAAUUUCUAGAAAAUGAAGGCAAAGAGAAAUCAGUCGAAGAUAUUAUGAAAUUAACAAUAAAGACACUACAGAAAAAAUAUUUUCAAGUUCCUUCCUAUGAAACUAACAUGACAGACCCAUUUAUUUUGGGGGAUUAUAUUUAAUUAAUACUAAGCAUUUUUAUGUAAAAAUGAACUAAUAUUAAAAAUAAAGUUCGCUUCAUAAUUGCAAUAAUGUAUUCAAACACAAUUCAGUUAACGAGUUGUUGUUGUUGAAUUUUAUAAAUUACAUCAUUAAUUAUUAUAAUUAAUAAUAAUCGUAAUUAUUGCAAUUUUGAAAGUGUUAUAGGUUUAAAUAAAGAGAUUCUCAAAAUGUAAUCCUU